AGCACUGAAUCUGCUGCGGUACCCUACGGAGCCAGUUCUGGAAGCUGUGCUGGCUGGCAGAAAUCUACCACAUUUGAGGCACAGCACAGAACUUCUCACAUGAAUCAAUCCCUCUUGCAGAAGAAACUGAAAGAAAACAAGAGCUGAAGGCAUUCAGAAGAAAGGCUCCACAAGUGUGCUGCUUAGUCAUACAAUCACAGAAUGUUCUAGGUUGGAAGAGAUCAUUAAUGAUUAUCUACUCCAACUGCCCUGACACGGCAGGGACAUCUUCAACUAAAUCAGGUUGCUCGAAGUCCCAUCCAGCCUGACAUCGAAUGCUUCCAGGGAUAUCCACCAUCUGCCUGGGCAACACACUCCACUUUCACCAGCUUCAAGACAAAAAAUGUCAUCUUUCUAUCUACCCUGAAUCUCCCCUUUCUUAGUUUAAAACCACCAUGUGUCCAUCACCCCUUGAGAGGACUACAGCUCCCAGAGCGCUGUGCGCGCCCCGCUCCCAUUGGCUCUGUCCUCCUGCCAAUCCCAUCACCCCCUCCAUAGCACUGCAGCUCCCAGAGUGCUGUGCGCGGCCCCAGAGCGGAACAGGCCAAGAUGGCGGCAGGAGAGGAGCCAGGGCAGGCGCCGGAGGCAGUGGCGGAGCCGGAGCCGGAGGUGGAAGAGCCGCGGAGCUUCAAGGACCUGGGAGUGACAGAUGUCCUGUGUGAAGCUUGUGACCAGUUGGGAUGGAAGGCGCCAACAAAGAUCCAAAUUGAAGCUAUUCCAGUGGCUCUCCAAGGUAGAGAUAUCAUUGGACUGGCAGAAACUGGCUCUGGAAAAACGGGAGCCUUUGCAUUGCCAAUUCUUCAGGCACUGCUGGACACACCACAGCGAUUAUUUGCUCUCAUCCUUACACCAACAAGGGAAUUAGCCUUCCAGAUCUCAGAGCAGUUUGAAGCUCUUGGAUCCUCCAUUGGUGUCCACACUGCUGUUAUUGUGGGUGGAAUUGACACAAUGUCUCAGUCCCUGGCCUUAGCCAAGAAACCACAUGUUAUAAUUGCAACACCUGGCCGUCUGGUUGAUCAUUUGGAGAACACAAAGGGCUUCAAUUUACGAGCUCUGAAGUUCCUAGUGAUGGAUGAGGCUGACCGGAUCCUUAACAUGGAUUUUGAGACAGAGGUGGAUAAGAUACUGAAAGUGAUUCCUCGAGACAGGAAGACAUUUCUGUUUUCUGCUACCAUGACCAAGAAGGUGCAAAAACUCCAGCGUGCUGCUCUGAAGAAUCCUGUUAAAUGUGCUGUUUCUUCCAAAUAUCAGACAGUUGAGAAACUGCAGCAGUACUACAUUUUCAUCCCCUCCAAGUUCAAGGACAGCUACUUGGUUUAUAUCUUAAAUGAACUAGCUGGAAACUCCUUCAUGAUAUUCUGUAGCACAUGUAACAAUACUCAGAGGACUGCUCUACUGCUCCGCAACUUGGGGUUCACUGCUAUCCCUCUCCAUGGGCAGAUGAGUCAGAAUAAACGGUUGGGCUCUCUAAACAAGUUCAAGGCUAAGGCACGUUCUAUUCUGCUGGCUACUGAUGUUGCAAGCAGAGGCCUGGACAUCCCCCAUGUGGAUGUGGUGAUAAACUUUGAUAUUCCUACUCACUCUAAGGAUUACAUUCAUCGUGUUGGAAGAACAGCUCGAGCUGGGAGAUCUGGCAAAUCCAUCACCUUUGUCACUCAGUACGAUGUGGAGCUGUUCCAGCGCAUUGAACACCUGAUUGGCAAGAAGCUGCCAGCGUUCCCCAUGCAGGAGGAAGAGGUUAUGAUGCUGACAGAGCGUGUGGCUGAGGCUCAGAGAUUUGCUCGAAUGGAGCUGCGGGAGCAGGGAGAAAAGAAGCGAUCUCGGAAGGAUGAUGAUGACACAGAAGAAGCUAUUGGGAUCAGGAAUAGGGUGGCAGGAGGGAAAAAGAAGAAGAGGAAAGCCUUCUAGUUUAGUAUUUGGACAGACAUUUAUAUUUUUCUUUUUAUGGCCACAUAAGCUAAGUGAAAACAGUCUGCCGAGCCAUCUCCAGUGGAUUUUUUUCACACCUGCUUAAGGAAUUGGACAGUCUACCUGGAAAAGAUCUUCCUCUCUUCUGCUUCACCAGUUACAGACUGAGAUUGGCCUGUUGUGGUUCCAUGGUAUUAGUCUUCCUUUCACAGACACCAGACCAUCAUUGCUGGACAUGAAAACAGCUGUGAUCUGACUCUGCUCAUUCACAAAGAGGUGAAGCGUGAGUCCAGCUUUCCCAUUGCUGCAACCUGUCUCUCUGCCCAAACUUGCUGACUGCACCUGGAGUCAGAUUGGGCUUUCAGAAAAAAGAGAGGGGAAAUAAAAGUUAAAAGAAGCAACUGAAUUUCCACAGCACAACUGUGAUGCCCUUGCCUUAGUGAAAGGACGUGUGAUGUGGAGAGCUCCAAAUAUAUUUUGCUUAAUUUUAAA